GUGUUGAUUAUGAUGCAGAAUUCGAGCUUUGUACAGCUGCUGUGUUUUUAAUGAACUUUUACAGAGGUGCUAAUGCUGGUUCCUACUGUUCAGCCUGUUGUAUCACAAAUAAUCUUGUGGAAGGUCAUCUUGAAGAGGGGGUCGGAAGAAAAAACAUGGUUUUGAAUGUCCAAAAAGAUCAUGGUUAGGUGUCCACAUACUUCUAAGCAUAUAGUUAAGGCACUACCUAAUUCACGGCCGUGAAAUGAGCAUUUUCCUGUGUAAUAUGUAAUUUGCUGUGAAAUUCAAAAUUUAAGGGUCAUGAUUAGCGAUUUAACAUUUUUCAUUUGCGUAGCGUUCAAGUGCCUCACAUUUACUGGUUAAUUUUCACUUUAAGUCCUAGCAGUCCUACAGCAAUUGGUUUGUGUUAAGUUUAUAACAUGUGUAACUGGUUUGUGAUCACAUUUAUUUGGUGUAACUGUACAGAGAUACCAAAAGCUGUUCUGAAACUGCAGCCUGGUGGACAAAUAUUCAGUGGAGAAAAAGUCACUCUCACAUGUGAAAUACAAGACACAAACAAGGACUGGAUGUACAACUGGUUUAAAAAUGAUGACGAACUUUUCUCUGCUGGUGAGAACAGAGAAUAUUUAUUCACUGCUACAGAGCAGGACAGUGGUAGUAGCUACACCUGCAGUGGACAGAGUAAAAUUCACUCCCAGAACUCAGAGAUCAGUAAUACUGUUACACUGACUGUAUCAGCAAAACCCAAACCAACUGUGACUGGAGUACCUCUGAGCUUCAUCUACACUGGAGACGUUGUUACUCUAAACUGUGAGCUGCAGGUGCAGCAGUCUACUGAAUGGACAUUUAACUGGUGCAGAAUAACUGGGAAUUCUCUGGAACUUGCAACUCCAAACACCAACCCACUCAGUGUGCCGACCACUAAUGCAGGAGAAACAGAGUACCAGUGUAUAGCACACAAGGGAAACUACGACUCAGAGUUCAGUGAUAGAAACACAAUUACAGUUAAAGACCGACCACAGCCGGUACUGAAUGUAUCUGUACAGAACUGGCUGACUGAAGGAGACUCAGUGACUCUAAGCUGUGAGGUUCGAGGCUCCACUACAGGCUGGAUAUUCAGCUGGUACAAAGUGAUUCAAUACAGAGGAGGCUUCAUUAGAAGAGAAGACUUAGUUCUCCUCUCAAACACUAGCAGAGGAGCUGGAGGCUCGUACACUCUCAGUCCUGCUGUUCUCAAUCACACAGGGGUUUAUGUAUGUAGAGCAGAGAGAGGAGAACCAGCCUAUCACACACAGUACAGCCAACCACAACCACUGUGGAUCACUGGUGAAUCUGGUCCAGUGUCUCUGAUCAUCAGUCCCAACAGAACUCAACACUUUUUUUCUCACUCCCUCUCACUGAGCUGUAAAGGUCAGAGAGACUCUACUGGAUGGAGAGUGAGACGAUACAGAGAGAGUAAAGAAGUGUCAGAUUGUUUAUCAGAUUGGGAAUCAACUCCUGGAUCUACAUGCAGCAUCAGCUUUCUCUAUUUAUUCCACACUGGAGUGUACUGGUGUCAGUCUGAAUCUGGAGGCAGCAGUAAUCCUGUCAACAUCACAGUGCACUAUGGUGAUGUGAUCCUGGAGAGUCCUGUCCAUCCUGUGACUGAGGGACAUUCUCUGACCUUACACUGUUUAUAUCGCUACACAAAUCACAAAACCCACCAAGCUGAUUUCUAUAAAGAUGGUUUAGUCCUCAAGAACCAGACAGAAAAGAUGAUCAUCCACAGUGUAUCAAAGUCAGAUGAGGGUUUCUAUCACUGUAAACACCCAGAGGAAGGAGAGUCACCAAAAAGCUGGAUCUUAGUACGAGGCUCAGGUUCUGGAUCCAGUGGUUUAAUUAUAGGAAUUGCUGUGGGACUGAGUUUGUUCUCGUUGUUCAUCAUCUUAAUGAUUCUGCUGUGCUGCUACAAAACCAAGAAAGGAAAGCAGCAGAACACCAGUGAGAGAUCAGACCAAACCCAAAGCCAGUCCAGAGAUGAGGACUCUCAGGCAGGAUACACACCACUUCAAGCUGGAACUGAACAUGUUUAUGACGAUGUGAAGCCAAAGCCUAACAAUGACACAGAAAAUGCAGCAGCUGGACCCAGCAAUGCCAUUUACUCACAGGUCAUCAAGAAAAACAAAAAAACAAAUAAAGAUGUGGAUGCUGGACCCAGUGACCUAACUUACAUCGAGCUUGAUCUGAAACCAAAUAAAAAAGCAAAAGCAAAGAAAAAAGAAGAUAAGGACAAUGAGGAUGAAACUGUGUACUCAAUGCUGAAGACCAACUAAGAGCACUGGACAAGAGAAUCAAAUCUUGAUAGAAGACACAAGAAAGACUUAUUCAUUUUUUCUCUUUUGUUUUUGUUUGUUGUUUUUCCUGCUAAAAGCUUCUUUUCUUCUUUAUUAUUUACUCUCAAAAAUAUUUAAAAUGUAACUGAUAUUUGUUUACCUUGAUACUGCUGUUAUAAUGUGGUAAUACUUUAUAAUGCUGUUAUUAUAGCUAAAAGCUGCUGUUAACUUGCAAUCAGACUACCAGGUCUCUCCUGUGUAGAUGUUUUUAAAAGUUUAAAACAUACUGUAUUAAAAACAGUCUCUUUAAUUUUUAAUGCUUCAUUACUUUUAUUUGUAUAUAAGGAGAUUCUAAAUUAAGAGAUGAAUGUCAUAUUUUUCUACCAGUUAAAGGGCUCAGAACAGUGCUGCCCCCUUUUACCUAAUUAACCCUUUCUAACUAAUAACAUACAUAAACAUUACUCAAAAACCUUUC